AUCAAAAUGCAAAGAGAUAUAGAGAGUGAACCUGAAUCAGAAAAAGAAAUUUUGGAUUACACCAUCAUGUCCAGACAACCUCUUGAUAUAUCAGUGGUCCCUAAGCUCGAGAUCCCAUUCACAGUACAGGAUGUCAUCUCUAAGAUUGAGCAAGCACAGCUUUUGAGAGCCAGAGAGGACAUUAAUAUGCAGCUGUAUAACAUAAUGUACAAUGUGCAAAGGGUAAUAAGUCACUACAAUGUUGAUGAGAAUGUGCACUCUAGAAGGAAAAUCUCCAUUACAGAAAAUAAAAAACGGAGAACAAAUUUGCUGGAGAAAAUAGUCACUUGUGGUAAAACUGCUGAAGUUAGAGAAAAGGCUCUUGUCUACAUCCUGGCCUGGCUGGAAGAAUGGAAUGCCAUUUUAUCUGAGAUGACUGCAUAUGAUAUUGAUGAACACUUUCAAUGGAUAGCACAAAUGGAGAUGUUAUCAGAAACAUUCAAAGCUACAAAGAGCAAUGUCAAUAUGCUGAGUAGGAUUUGUACAUCUUUGCUUGAAGAAAAGAAGAAACAAAAGAAAAAAAAAACAUCUAGAGGUACUCUAUGGAAAUCUUGGAAAGAAAGAGUUACAAAGCAACCUGCAACAGCCCAUGCUUUAAGACAAGAUCAGAUGAUUAGUGAUCCCUCUGCAAUACAAACAAAGGUUUCAGAAAUCCAAGAUAUGCUACAGGAACUCAUAGGUACUGCAAUGUUCAAUAAAGUGGAAAAUAAUGCUAUUAAAUAUAUAUCAUCAACAAUAGUAAAUCUUUUAAAAGCUUUGACUAUACUAAAGGAUGAAGCAAAAGUUACUAACCUUCAAAGUACCAAUAUGUAUAUAAAUGAGGCAAGUGAAAGAGAAAAAGAGGUCUCCCUGAAGAUAAUACAAGAUCUCAGUGAAAAAAAUGAAAUGCUUCAGCAGAAACUUCAAGAAUUACAGGAAAAAUGUGAACAACUUAUUCAAUCCAGAAAUUUUAUAAAACACCAAGUACAGACAGCAUUGCCCAUAUCAGUCUUGGAAGUGUUACCUGAGCUCUCUCCACAUUUAUCCAUGACCAUUAGCAAAGCUGACAUAGAAGACACUAUGCAUAGUAUUUUUGCCAAGGAAAUUGAAAAUACUGUAGAUGAGAUUCAAAGAAAAGGGGCCAAAUCCUUGGGGAUCAACUGGGACUCAGGUAUUUUAGAUACAGCCACGGGUGAAAUGACUCCAGGCUUAACUGAACAGCAAUACCAUUUACCUGAAAAAAAAAGGGAAAAUUCUUCUGAAGAUAUCACUGAAGAGAAGAUAUCACUGAUGAAAGAGGAUGCCGAUCAGAAAGAUGGGACUGACCAGGAUCAAUCACAGAAUAGGAAGCUCACAGAAGGCCCACAUAUUCAUGAGAUCUCUGGAUCAAAUCUGAGGGAUGAUAAAAGUGAACAAAAAGUCUCAGAGAACCAACUUGGUCACCACUUUGAGCUACAAACACUGGAAAAGAAGAAAAAAGAAAUAAAAUCCUUUUCUGAAGCCAGACCUAGGGCAUCCACUGAUUCAAAAAGUCAACACAUCCCUGCUGAAUCCCCUGCUAUUGACACAAAAAGCCAAGGUGGCAAAAGUGAAACACGUGGUAUGUGGGAACAACACAGGAAGGUCAAAACUGAGUAUUCACUUGACAAACACCAGAUUUCUUCAGAGAAUAAAGAGGAAACCACCACUGAGUCAGUGGACAAAGCAAGUGAAAGUAAGAUAGGUAGCCAAGCAGAACUAUUCAGUUUGCAUCAACUUGGUCCUUCCUCUGAGAAAGUGAAAACAAAAGGAAAGAAACACCAAGUCUCUCCAGGAACCACCAAAAGCAAAAAAGGAGAAAUGGAAGAGACAGACAUACUAGAUUUUGCCAAGAAAGUCAAGCCUCAUGAACUUGUUAAAUCACAACCUAGGAUAACUAAAGAGACUUCAGAAUCUAUGAGAGCUCCAGGAAGUCUGGAUGGCAAAACUGAACAGGGUAACCUGGAAGAAUUUCAGGAAGCCGUACUGGCUUUCCUAACAGAGAAAAUCAGUAACAUAGGAAAGCCUUUGGAUAAGAAAACUGUGCCCAAAAAGUUAUCAAAAAGAGCAGAAGUUGAAAAAUUAGGAAUCAUUAAGGCAAAAAUGGAAGAAUAUUUCCAAAAUGUGGCUGACACUGUGAUAAAAACAUUGAGAAAACACAAAGAUAUGAAAAAUGCAGCACAAAUUGGAGAGAAGGCAGUCUCAUUCAUGCCAGGAUCACAUUUUCAGAAGCCAAUUAGUGCAAAGUCUGAAAUUAGCUCAUUACUCUCACAUGAGAACAUGGACCCAAUAAUUGAAAAUUUAAUACAAAGGAUCUUGACUGAAGUAGAAAGUGAAAGAGAUGUUUCAGUAGAAAGUGAAAGAGAUGUUUCAGUAGCCCCAGUAGUAGGGAGAGACCACAAGGAGAAGGAAAAACAAAGACAGGAGGAAUAUUUGCAAGAGGGUCAAGAAAAAGAUUUUGAUAUAAGUUUCAAAUCCCGGUUGCAAGACAAAAGGAAUCUCUGGACGAAGAGCAAUGAAAUAGUAAGUAAGAAUUUGAAAGAAGAGGCAUGGUUCCAGAUGAAGGAGGGAAAGCAAGGGCAACAGAAGCAAGAACAGUGGCAGGAAGAAGAGGUAUGGAAGGAACAGCAGAAACAGAGAAUGCAAAAUCAAACUGAGCAAGAUGAGAGGCAAAGGCAAAGCAAAGUAGAGGAAGAAGAGCAUCAGAAGUCAAAGCAGCAGCAGUUGGAAGCAUGGAAGCAAAAAAUGAAAGAGCAAGGGGUGCCCUUGGAGAAGAAGGGACAGAAGAUGAGGCAGGUUCAGAUGGAAAUAAGACAUCUGGAUCUGGAAAGCAGUUGGGAGGAAGACGAGGAAAAGCAGAAGCCAAGGAGAAAGGUAGAGGACCAUGAAAUGCAGAGGCAGAAAAAGGCAAAGGAUCAGAUGAAAAUUAAGGAGAAAAACACUGAAGAACUAGAAAAGUUGCUCAGCAAAACAUCAGUGACAUUGUUUCCCAGGUGGAAGAGCAUACAGAAAGAUGUAUCUCAGUUAUACCAAAGAAAAGUGUUCCCUGAGCUUAAGAUAUUAGAGAUUCUUGCCGAUGGAAAGCAUCCCAUACCAAUCACUCCUCCCACCUCCACACAAUCUUCCUCACCUGGAGUUUUUCCUACUUCUGGACAGUCCCCCACAAAGUCCUUUACUCUCACUCCUAAACAGGCCCAGACACAGGGGAUCACUCUUAGCCCUCAGCAGGGCCAGGCAGUGGAGACUGAUCACAUCCCCAAGGAGGCCCAAGCGCUGGGCAUCACUCCCACUUCUCAGCAGGUUCAGGUACUGGGGGAUACCCCUACUCCUAAGAUGUCUCAGGGUUUGGGAGUAACCCACACAAAUGAGCAGGCACAGGCAUUGAGGGCUCCUCUCAUUCUUGAACAGAUCCCUAAAUUGAAAAUCCCUUUUAAAUGUCAGCAGCUGCAAGUAUUAGAGGACUCUAUAAUCUUGGAACAAGCCCAGGCAUUGAGAAUCCCUACUAGUCCUGAGGAGACACAGACCCUAAAGGUACCUUUCAUAUUAGAACAACAACAGGCAUUACAGGUUCCUCUAAUGGCUGACCAGGAACAGAUAUUUCAGGUCCCUAUUAACCAAGGACAAGACCAGGCACAGGAGAUCGUUCUUACACUUAAGGAGCUCCAGGCACUGGGGGUCACUGUCCCCCCUGAGCAGGCCCAAGCACUGGGGGUCACUGUCCCCUCUAGGUCUGCUCAGGUACUGGGGAUCACUGUCCCCCCUGAGCUGGCCCAGACACUGGGGGUCAGUGUCACAGCUCAGCAGGCACCCGCACAGGGUAUAACCCUUACCUCUGAGAAAUUCCAGGAUUUGGGAAUCACACUCACACAUGAGCAAGUCCAGGUUUUGAGGGCUCCUGUCAUUUCUGAACAGGCUGAGUCAUUACAGGACCUUGUCAUUCCAGAACAGGUAGAGGCACCAGUAUUUACUUUCUCUCCAGAGAAAGCACAGACUUCAGAUAUAUCACGUAUCCACGAACAAGCCCAGGCUAUGCAUGUCACCCUCACCCCUGAGCAGGCACAAGCAUCGGGGAUCCCUCUUACCCUUGACCAGGCUGAGGCAUUACAGACCUCUCUCACUUCAGAACAAGCCUAUACAUCGGGGGUCUCUAUCACUCCAGAAGUGGUUCAAGAAGUAUCAAACACUCUUAAGCAGAUCCAUGCACUGGGGGUCACUCCCUCCUAUGAGCAGAGUCAUGCGCUUGGCACUCCUUUCACUCUGGAUCUGGCUCAGGCAUUAGAAGUCCCCAUCAAGCCAGGAAAUGCCUGGGUGUCAGCUGUCAGUCUUACCCCUGAACAGACCCAGGCUUUGGGAGUCCCUCUAGCCUUAGAACAGGCUCAGUCAUUGAAGGUUUCUUUCUCUCCAGAACAGUUCAGGGAAUUAGGGGUCCCUCUCACCUCAGAUAAAGCCUCUGCCUUAGGAUCUCUGCUCACUUCUGAGCAAGUCCAACCUUUGGGAGCCCCUUUCCUCCCAGGACAGACCCAUACCAUGGGCAGUACUCUCAUGUCUGAGCAGGACCUAAAUUCAAGAGCCCCUCUCACGGAUGAGCAGCCCUCACAAUUCUGUGCUGGUCCUUCAGGACAUACCCUGGAAGUUGGGACCUUUUCUAUUACUGAUGAAUCUGUCAUACCAAGUGCUCCUCACCUUCCUAAGCAGUCCCCCACACUGGCUUCCACUCUCAGUCCACUGCAAGAUUGGAAGUCUCCUCUCCAUCCUGGGCAAUCCAUUACAUUAAGCCCUAGGCUGUCCCUGGCAUCAUCGGCUCCUAUUGCUGAGAUGUCUUCCAUAUUUGAGGAGGUAUCUAUUCCUUUGCAGAUAUCAAGGUCUCCUCCUAUCCAAGAGCCCUUUGUCCCUGGGAAAUCCCUAGGAAUGAGGACUCCUCCAGACUCUGGGAAGCUCCUGGCACCACAGAUCUUUCCUUCCUCUGGACAGACCCUGGUUUUUAAGGGUCUAGCAUCAGAGGUCCCUCUCACCCCUGGGAAGCUCCCCAAAUCUGGGGCCCCUCCCACUCCAGGGCAGCCCCUCAUAUCUGGACUCCCACCCACCUCUGCACAGAUUCCCAGUCUCUGGGCUCCUCCCUCUCCUAGGAAGUCUUUGGUUCCUGGGGCCUCUUCUAUCCCUGGAGAGCUCCUGGAAUCUGGACCCUUAACCCUCUCUAAGCAGUCCCAGGUAUUCCAGCCCCCUACCACCUGUGAGCAGUUUCCCUAUCUACAAGCCCCUUCUACCCUUGAGCAGCAUCUGACGCCACUGACCCUUCCUGGACAAGCUUCCCCACCCACCCCUCCCACCCCUAGGAAUCUCCCAACACAAUGGGCCUCCUCAACCACUACAAAGGCCCAGGAAAAUUUGUCUUCUGUCUCUAAGAAAAGUAAGAAAAGAUUGGCAAUUAUUUCUUCUCUGAAAUCUAAAUCAGCAUUGGUCCAUCCCAGUGCUCCAAAUUACAAGGUACCUCAAGCCCCUAUCACCACUAAGAAGUUUCAAAUAUCAGAGGUCUCUGACACUGGUGAAGAAAACCAGAUACUCCAUGAUCCUUUCUCCAUGGAACAAUUUAGAACAUUUCAGUCCUAUCUCACCAAUUGUAGGAUACCAAUAUCACAAACCCCUCACAUUGAUGAUGGAGCCUUUCCCACUCUUAAGAAGCCUAUAGCAUCACUACCUCCUCUUACUACUAAAAUACUCAAAACAUCACAGAUCUCACCUUCUGAAUGGGACCAGAAAUCACGAUUCCCGUAUACAGACAAGCCCUGGAUACUGACUGCAGUUUCAGAUACCAAGAAACCCAAAAUGACAGUGCCCCCUUCCUCUACCCAAGAGCUCAACAAAGAACAGAGGUAUUUUGUUGAUGUGGAGGCUCAGAGGAAGAACCUAAUACUCUUAAAUGAGGCCACAAAAGCUUCUGGACUCCCUUCACAGCUACACACAACAACUAGGAAUCUCAUAAUUGAGGCACUUCAUAUGGACACAGUUCGGCUGGGACACCUAUUCCGCAAGUACAUUGCCUAUUGGCUCAUCCAGCGUGCAAGAAACAACAUAAUCAAACGAUUACAAGCCAUCCAAAACACUGGGAAAGGUUAUGAGGCACAGAAGCUCUACAUAAUGCUGAGCAGAAUUGAUGACUACCAGAAAAAAGUGAUGCAGUUCUGGACCAAGAAGCAGAAGUCUCUAGAGGAGGAACGGAAUCGGUGCCUGAGGAAAAUGAUGUUCUUUUUUAGCCAGCUCCAAAAGAUGUAUAAUCUGAAUCUUAGUCAACCUAUCCCUUUGAUCGUCAACAAAAAGCUGAUACCUGCCACUAGCAAAUUUGUUCAACAGCCAUUACUGGAGCUACUGAUAGAAGAGGACAGAAAGUCUGAUGUAUUUAAGAAAUUUAGACAAGAAGAUCAAAUGAAAGCCAUCUGGAAUGCUGAUCUGUCAACUUCAAGCUACCCAAUAACAGAGAAGAAAUCAACACAUUCACUGUGGGCCCAGCUGGGUGGGUACCCAGAUAUUCCUAGGCUGCUCCAGUUAGAUGUUCAGUCUACCUUCAGAAAAUCUCUUGCAUCCAUUCAAUCACAGUUUAAGAAGAUUCCCAAGUGA